CACAAAGGAAAACUAAAAGAAUGUGCAUAUGGCUUGGACAUACUUGAAAUUCAGAGAGGCUGUGUAUAAAAAUGUUCGUUAGUGCUCAGAUAUUUGUUUUCAUUCGCAUUUGUGUGAUGUAGAUCAUGUCUAUCUUCUCAACGCUUUUCUUGUGAUCGCACAACGCUCCCCCAGUAGAAGAAAAUCAGAGGGAAGUCCAGGAUUCCUCAAGCCACUGAGAGGAGAUAUUUUAGGAAGAAACUCUUAUAUCACAUGGCCUUGUGUUUUCAUCUCACACACAAUGCUGCCUCAGUGUCAGAGGACAGAGGGAGAUAACGAGAGACUGAGAAAGCAGAAACAAAAAGUGAGGACAACAAAAGCAAAAGAUCAGAAAAGCUCCAUAUGAUCAGCACAUGGGUAUGCCGUAACUCUGCAUCCGCUCAUUAUUAUGGCACACGGAAGACAUUAAACCAAGAAGACUGGAGUAGAGUUAAGGAGAGAGGCAGACAGAAAGGGAGGGAGAAGCCAAAGGAGAGUUAUGAAAAGCAAACUAGGAGGAGAAAGUGAGUUAGUGAGCAGGGAGAGAAAGGGGAAGUCCAAAUAAAACAUUUGGAGGAGAGAGCAGCUACAUGUUGGAGAGGAGGGUGUGCACUUAGCCAUGGAGGGGGACAAAAUUGCAGCACUUAAGAGGUCAUUUGAAGUGGAGGAGGAUGCAUCCACAAACCCUUCCCCUCUCUCCCGCAGAACAACCAACCCUCUGCGCUCCUCCACCUCUUCAACAAGCAGCCGCUUUCAUGACAUGAGCUCCCGCAACUCUGAUUCCAUCUCCAGGCACGUUUCGGAUUCCUCCUCCAACCAGCGCUCUCCAAAGUCCAGCCUACGUCGCAUGGAGCUAUCAGGGGGCCGAGUCACAGAGACUGCGUCACGCAGGACAGAGAUCUCUAUUGACAUCUCGUCUAAGCAGGUGGACAGCUCACCCAGUCCUGGUAUCGCCCGCUUUGGCUUAAAGAGACCUGAGGUCUCACUCCAAAGCAAAGCCACAGAUGCACCGGUUCACAGAAGGGCUGAGGGUACUCACAGCAGACCCCAGGAACCUCCAACACCCCCCAGGAGAGCCGACCCACCAGUAACUUCGUCUCGUAUCCCUGAGCUGUCCCAGAGGAAAAUGGAGCCACCCAGUCCUCUUGAGAUUUCCGUUCCAUCACGACGGCCUGAGAUGCAUAUUAACAGACAGCUGGACACACCUUCUCCUGCCAGGGAGUCAGAGAAUAGCUUCACCUCAGCAGCCAACAUCACUCCUACCUUCACUGAAUACAAAACCCCUCCGUCAGUGAAUGAAAUCCUUAUAAGACCACCAGAGAGGUCAGAGGUCAUUUCAAGCUACAGCAGCAGUAGCAUCAUGACAGAGUCUGUUAUAUCAGAGAUGCCCCCAGCCAUGUGUCUGGAGAAGCCCAGCAUGGACUCCAGCUACGUGGGCAUCGAUGCCAUCCUGGAGCAGAUGAGGAGGAAGGCUAUGAAACAGGGCUUUGAGCUCAACAUCAUGGUUGUGGGACAGAGUGGAUUGGGAAAGUCCACAUUGAUGAACACGCUCUUCAAGUCAAAGGUGAGCCGCAAAUCUGUCCUGGGUACUGCUGAGGAAAAGAUCCCCAAAACCAUCGAGAUCAAGUCCAUUAGUCAUGACAUCGAGGAGAAAGGAGUUCGAAUGAAGCUGACAGUCAUAGACACACCAGGAUUUGGGGACCAGAUCAACAACGAGAACUGUUGGCAGCCUAUAAUGAAGUUCAUCAAUGACCAGUAUGAGCAAUACUUGCAGGAAGAGAUCAAUAUUGACAGGAAGAAGAGGAUUCCAGACUCACGCGUGCACUGCUGCAUAUACUUUAUCCCACCCACAGGACACUGUCUUAGGCCUUUGGAUGUGGAGUUUAUGAGACGUCUCAGCAAGGUGGUGAACAUUGUUCCUGUCAUUGCCAAAGCUGAUACCCUAACUCUGGAGGAGAGGGAUUUCUUCAAGAAGAAGAUCAGGGAAGAGCUUCGAGCAAAUGGCAUAGAUGUCUAUCCACAGAAAGAGUUUGAUGAGGACACAGAAGACAGAAUGAUCAAUGAGAAAAUAAGGGAGAUGAUUCCUUUUGCUGUAGUAGGAAGUGACCAAGAGUACCAGGUCAAUGGAAGGAGACUCUUGGGAAGGAAAACAAAAUGGGGAACCAUUGAAGUUGAGAAUAUUGCCCACUGUGAGUUUGCUUACCUGCGGGACCUCCUCAUAAGAACCCAUAUGCAAAACAUUAAAGACAUCACCAGCAGCAUCCACUAUGAGAUGUACCGUGUCCGCCGGCUCAAUGAGAACAACACUCAGGCCAACGGCCUCGGCGAGCACCACCCAGCCUCCCAUGAAAUCUAGUGGCCACACCCAAACCCCCGAUCCUCCCUCCUCUCCAAUCCCCAAACCUGCAUUCACCUUACACUCUGUUCCACCCCCUUCAUUUAGCCAUGGACUGAAAGGAGGUUCAUCAAGAGAAACACAUAAUGAUUUUACCUCCCAGAAACUCCAGGACAGUGCCCUUAAAACCUUUUAGUCCUCUGCUUUUGCACCCGAGACCCAGGGGCAAAAAGCUCUAGCUCACAAAUAACAUUGCCUUUGGCUGUUAAAGAGCUUCUCCAUAUACUGCAUGUGUUUGACACCCUCUGCUGAUGCUUCAGGUGUGUGUGUGUGUGUGUGUGCAGGGGUUAAUUAGGAGGAAGGUUCUGAUUGGUCAAGCUGUGGAAAAGCUCUUUAUAUGUAAGAUUGUGCCUGUUUGCUCCUUUUUUUAUUUUUCAUCUCUGCUGAAAAAAAAAAAAAACAAAAAAAAAAACUUAAGCUAGCCUAAGCUGUAUUGAUGGUCUUAGCUGGUUUAAGGUGGUCUAGCUGCUUUCCCAGCCUGUCCAAGAUAUGGUCUUCAGCUGGUUUAGUGUCUCAGCCAGACCAGCUUACAAGUGCCCAAAUCCCCUCUUAGAAACCAGCAAACCAGUCUAAGACUAGCAAACUAUGUUAUGCUGGUUUAAUCUGUUUUUAGCAUGGAUUUUUACUGGAGUUUUCACAGAAACACUCUUUUUAUGUGCUUCGUCAACUGCUCUCUUAAUAUUUAUGCUUAAUUUUGAGCAAGCUCAUGUGGUACCUGUAUGUGGUCUCAUAAUUUCCAUUCUGCAUUAUAAACAAUGUUCCAUUAGUUCCAGCUGUCCCUUUUUAGUACAGAUGGAGUUGUGUUUGGAGGCUACAGGUUAUCUGGUACCUUUUGCCUAUAAAAUGAAUGCUAAAAUACCAACACCACUUCAGAGAAACCUGAUGUGCCAUUGGUCUUGCUGUUGUUUUUUUGUGUUCACAUGUGUGCAAACAAUUACAGGACAACUGACUCAUUGAAACCCUGGUGCCUUAUGAAAACAGCAAUAAGGGAAAUUACAGUCUAAGGAUUUGUAUUUUAAUGAUUACAAAUUGAAUAGAAUACAUUAGAUUAAAUGAGAUCAUGGUAAGUAUAAUUUACACCUUUGUGUCUCCAUGUUCACACUCUGAUACUCUCUAAUGUAACUUGACCAGUUGCUACCAACAAUUUUAUUUAUUACAGAAUGUGAUCUGGCCUGUAGUUCGAACACUCAACAAUACCAUCUGUCUAUCUUGAAUUAAUCAUUGUUAAUUUGUGUGUACACCAGGUACACUGUUUUCACCUCCCCUCAUUCUCGUCCACUCAUGCUGAAUAUGUUGGAAUUUACACCAUCUAGGCCCCUUUGGUCAUUUUAUAUGUCUUGGUUUCUCUUGGCUCAGAGGUAAAGGCCUAAAGUCCAAAAAGCUUGUAAGCAGUGCCAACAUGUGUGCUUGUACUUUUAAAUAUGCCUGCCAUGUGUGACGAGGAGCCACUAUAAACGGUGGGUAAAUUCAAGGUCCUCAGGCUUUGUUGUUGUCUGCAAAACCCUUUAUAAAUGCUCAUUGUUGGGAAAAUAUAUUUUUGUCCUGUGCUGUAUAUUCAUAGUGAUUAAAUUUUUGUAUUGAUAUUCAGAGUAACACAAAUAACUUUGAUAUCCUGUUAUUUUAAAGAAAUAAAGAUUUAAAUGAUAAAA